ACAUUCAGGUGAAGGUCUUUGACUGAGGGAGUGUGAGAAUGGAGAAGAAAGGAUAACAGAGAGAAUAGGAUUUGAAAUAAAAUAAACAGCUGCAACAAGUAGAAUUGGAUCUCAGUGAAAACAACUGGAAUCUUGUACAGUCUGCAGGUUUUCUUCUGGAGGUUGAAGCUGGCCUUUGAGUGCACCGACUCUUGUCAGAAUGGGUGAGGUACGUUGAUGGACGGCGCAGAGAUAUCCUCACCAUGUUGCAGAUAGGCAUGCCAUGGCUCCAGCUCAAGACUGCAUCAUCUGUGGCCUUGGGUGGUCUCUUGCUGCUGUUAUCUUCAGUUCAAGCGGCCACCACCACAUGUCCCAGAAGCUGCCUGUGUUUUGCAAAGAAUGGCAAGUUUGUACGCUGCACUGGCAAGAACCUGAAAGAAAUUCCCAAAGACCUCCCUGCUGAUACUGUGUCCUUAUACCUAAACUCCAACAGGAUAACCAAAAUACCCAACAAUGCCUUCAAGGACUUAAACCUACUCAAGGAGCUGGAUUUAUCCAAAAAUGCCAUUGAGUCAAUAGAUACUGGAGCAUUUAAAGGAAUCCCAGAUGGCCUCAAGAUGCUCGAUCUGUCGAGCAAUCAGAUCCAGAGUGUACCGAAGGAGGUCUUUGGUAAAAUUAAAGCGAAGAUCCGACUCUCCAACAACCCAUGGCACUGUGAAUGUACGCUGCAGCAGGUCAUCCAAGAGUUGACGCUGGACCCAGAGACAGUCAACGACUUCAUCUGCCAGUCCUCCGUGCAGGAGGAAUACACAGGAAAGCCACUCAUUCAGAUUCUCAAUUCAGGUAUCAACUUCUGCAACAUUCAUCAGAAGACGACUGACAUCGCCAUGUUCAUCACCAUGUUUGGCUGGUUCACCAUGGUCAUAUCCUACAUCGUGUAUUAUGUGCACCAGAAUCAGGAAGAUGCCAGGCGACACCUUGAGUACCUGAAGUCCCUUCCCAGUACACAGAUCACCAAGGAGUUUGACACAAUCAGUACUGUACUAUGAGGUGGAUUAUCCUCUGUAGCCUGACAUCAAUCCAACCUUAAUACUGGAUGAGUCAGUAGGAUUCCUGGCUCAACCACAAGUGCCUCGUUAGCUAAUUAGAGAUUGUAUGCUCUUAGACUUUUUUUUAAAUACUUUUUUUGUGCAUUGAAGUUCCUAAUA